AUGAAGCGCAACCUCCUCCUCUGCGUCGACGCCUUUGGCACUCUCUUCCGCCCUCGCAGCCCUAUCGCCGAGCAAUACGGUACAGUGGCCAGAGGGAUGGGUGUCAAGAUUUCUGAUGACGAGGUUGCCAAGUCGUUCAAGAGUGCAUUCAAAGAGACUUCAAAGGCAUAUCCGAAUUACGGUAAAAAGACCGAUAUGGGGGCGAGACAGUGGUGGACAGAGGUCAUCACCAAAACCUUUACACCCCACCACUCAGGCCCUCUACCUGCUACCCUCACCUCAACCCUAAUCAACCGUUUCUGGUGCAAAGACGGCUACACCCUCUUCCCCGAUGUCUCAUACUUACAACAACUCUCACACACACCACAACGCCAAAAGGACGCCAAGCAAAGAUUGGUGAUAGGCGUAAUCACAAACUCAGACGACAGAGUGCCAGACGUGUUGUCAAGUCUAGGUUUGAAAGUCCAUGGUUUGCGAUACAACAACUCGCAAGAAACGAUGAUCGAGACAAGUGAGAAGGAAGAGAAAGAUCAAGCACAGCAAGCACAGGAUAUAGAUUUCUGCAUCAUGUCCUACGAUGUGGGGGUCGAGAAACCCGAGCCUGAAAUCUUCAAUGCUGCAAUUUCUACUUUGGAGUCGAUGCUCGUUUCAGAAGGCAACAGUUACGAAAAAGAAGAUUGGGGUUUGUUGUAUGUGGGUGAUGAAGUGGCCAAAGACGCAAAGGGUGCUGUGCAGGCGGGUUGGGAUGCAGUGUUGUUGGAUAGAGGAGCAGAAGUCGAUGCGGCAUACGAGGGCGAUGCUCCUGGUGUUGAAGGAGUGAUGGUAGUCGAAGGCAAGAAGGUCCCAGUGCUCAAGGGGUUUGAGGCAUUAGGGACAUACGGGGGCCAUGAGCUGUUGAAAAUUCAAUGA